GGCAGCAGGAGCAGCACCAGCAUCCCCGCUCUGCUGAAAUAGCCACUGGAGAAGGAGGGGAAGGAGAGGGGGGGAGAAGAGGACACAGGGAAGAAAGAGAGAGGUAAAAGCAGAGCCUUGUAGCCCACCGCGCCGCGUCAGCAUCAGGCUAGAAAAGUCGGGGGAAACCCACCCCCUUGGGAGAGGAUUCGGAGACAAAGGAAGCUUCAUGUUCAAAGGGCCAGUGGAGAGCAAAAACGAAGCAGCCAUGUCUGAGCUGGUCCCAGAGCCGCGACAAAAACCAGUCGUACCAAUGAAACCCGUGGGCAUUAACGCCAACUUGCUGGGCUACAUCGGUAUUGACACCAUCAUUGAGCAGAUGCGCAAGAAAACCAUGAAGACAGGUUUCGACUUCAACAUCAUGGUUGUAGGUCAGAGUGGACUGGGAAAGUCGACGUUGGUGAACACCCUCUUCAAAUCCCAGGUGAGCCGCAAAUCUUCAGGCUGGAACCGGGAGGAGAAGAUCCCGAAGACAGUGGAGAUCAAAGCCAUUGGUCAUGUCAUUGAAGAAGGUGGUGUCAAAAUGAAGCUGACAGUGAUUGACACGCCGGGAUUCGGGGACCAGAUCAACAAUGAAAACUGCUGGGAGCCUAUCGAGAAAUACAUCAACGAGCAAUAUGAAAAAUUUUUGAAAGAGGAGGUGAAUAUUGCAAGGAAGAAACGAAUUCCAGACACACGAGUGCACUGCUGCCUCUACUUCAUCUCCCCUACAGGCCACUCCCUGCGUCCCUUGGACCUGGAGUUCAUGAAACACCUCAGCAAGGUAGUGAACAUCAUCCCAGUUAUUGCCAAGGCUGACACCAUGACCUUGGAGGAGAAGACUGAGUUCAAACAAAGAGUCCGCAAAGAGCUGGAAGUAAAUGGGAUCGAGUUUUACCCCCAGAAAGAAUUUGAUGAAGACUUGGAGGAUAAAACAGAGAAUGACAAAAUCAGGCAGGAAAGCAUGCCCUUCGCAGUAGUGGGCAGCGACAAGGAGUACCAAGUGAAUGGCAAAAGAGUCCUGGGCAGGAAAACACCUUGGGGAAUCAUUGAAGUGGAAAACCUCACUCACUGUGAAUUUGCCCUACUUCGAGAUUUUGUCAUCAGGACCCACCUUCAGGACCUAAAAGAAGUGACCCACAACAUCCACUAUGAGACCUACAGGGCCAAGCGGCUGAAUGACAACGGAGGGCUGCCCCCCAUGACUGUUGAGACAGAGGAAAACCACGAAAGUAACCUGUGAAUGACCCACCCACCCCCAGCUCCGCUGUCACCUGGUGUCUCCGGAUACAACAACCCACCCCUGCUACCCUUGACCCUCCCAUGGGCCUGUCUCUGAAGCAUGUGGCGCAUCCUCUGUGUGCGUGAGAGGAUGCUAGCGUGAGUGCGUGCGUGUGCUGAAAAAGGGACCAAAAGCAUCUCCCCCGUCCUUCCCAGAGUGUCCUCAUUCUCGGUUUGUUUUUUGCACAGCGGACUGUCCGUCAUCUUCCUUUCUCUUGUUUCUGUGUCUCAGCUGUGUGUCUUGCCUGGGGGGAAUAGGGAUGGGGGGAAGGAUUUCUGGGGGCAGCGGGGCUUUGGAGGUGGGAGGUGUUGGGGCAUGCUGUGGUUCUAGUUUUAUCACUUGAAGAUAUGGCAAGGAGAGACUCCAGGAGAGAUGGUGCAGUCAGAGCAUGCAGUGUCUUAAAGUGAUGGCAGCAGAGCUUUCUCUUGGGUCCUCGGUGGGUGGGAAGACAGCUGGUUGGUCUGAGGGCAUGGUGGCCCAGCAUUUUUUACCCAUUCUUUGCUGUGGCUUCCUAAGGGGAAAUGGCAACUUGGAAGUGGUUAGAUGGGAGAAAUGACAGACUGACAUGUUCUAUGGUUCAGGGGAAGUGACCAGUGGGAGGGGACAGAAUUAGUUCUUGGGCUGUAGCAUCUAUUUGAGAAGCAUAAAAUACUUGGGGGAAAUAGACAUAUUUUCCGAAAGAAACAAAAUGCAGAGGAAAAUAAUAUGUUCCUGCUGCAGAGGGUGGAUUUGCCCUGCCCAGCACUAAGGUCAAAAGUCCUGCUUGUGUCACAGGCUUUUGAUCCUGUGCAGAUGAGACCAAGCUGUCCUGAGGUGACCCCACCUCAUCCCCCAUUGCAGCAAUCUCUCCUCACCAGCACUGAGAAGGUCCUGGCCAAACCUUUCCCCCACAACAAGGUCCCUCUGCUGUGGGAGCACAGGGAAGACAGUGCCAUGGGGUGUCCCUGUCGGGGGCUCCCCCAGGGACAGCCCCACUCAGCACAGGGCCUUCAGGAUCUUGGAGGAGUGCAAAGAGCCAUGGAUUGAGAAGCCCUGGGCCAGGGUGUCUCCCUGGGUCUCCAAUGGUGGUGGGAACACAAGAGAUACCUCCUGCUCACUGAAACGGCCGCCGUUGCUACCCCAGCAGUCUCAGCCUGUGUUGCUCCUCCGCUCUCCUACUCCCCUCCCAGCUUCCAUGUCCUCUCCUGUGCUUUUGUCUUCAUUCCCUUUUAGUCCUCCAUAGCUUGCUUGUUUGCUUGCUUCCUUCCUUUCCCUAUCCUUCUUUCUCUGCUCUCAACCCAUUCUGUCUCUCCUUCCUUUCCCCGAGUACCUGAAUCUUCCUCUUCUCCAGGCUGUUUCCUCCUUCUCCCUGUCCCAGCUCUCACACUUCCUCUUCCUCAAUGUGCUUUUCUGUUGGGUUAAGAAGCUGAUGGUUUACCUUCCCUGGAAGGGACAGGGAAGGAAGGUAAAGACCAGGAGCAGAAAGACGUACAGCUUUACUGAAGACUAUCUGCUUGUGUCAGGGCUGGGUGGGCAGAAGGUAGGAGAGGAGAAAAUGACAGAUGUCCUGAUUUUGUCAGUCUCUGCCUGUCCCCUAGCAUGUCACAUGGAUGGGAGGGAAUGUCAGUUCCAGAACAAUAGCUGGUUGUGCUUAAAACGCAUGUGCAGAAUGCCAUGGCAUGGGAUGGCAGCAGUGCAAGUAAGGGGAAGUGCAGUGGGUUUGGGAUGGGGGGCUUGGAGAGGCUGGCAUGGGAGGGAGGAAGAGGUCCCAGUGAGGGAGUAGCAGGGGAGCCAGGACUGAGGCUGAUUGACAGAGCUGUAGAGGCGCCAUGGCUGGCAAGAGGGUGUUCCAAGCCUUAGUAGAACUGUCUAAGAGCAUAUGUCCAUGUUGUGGCUUUCUCUGGUGCUGUCACUGCAAAGCAAAGGUCUCUCCACUCCUGCUCCCCACCUGUCCACACAACUGCUAGGACAUGAGGGCUAUACUAGUCCUUCACAGUCCUGUCACACCCACGUUCACGGCUCCUGGUGUUCCUGUAUGCAGAGUGUGCACAUAGCCUUGCACCCACCUUCCCCCCUGCACCAGGCCUCCUUGGCCCCACAGAGAACAAAAGCCUCAUCACUGGUGCCAGCAGCUGUACCAUGGACCCUGCAGAAUCCAUCCCCGCUGCACUGCUACCCAACCCAGCACCCACAUUGGCCAUCCACAGCCCAAAGCAGGGUCAAAGCCUCCUCCCAGCUCGUCUCCACCAGCUGGCCAGGCGUGGAGGUGUCUCCAGCAUCACCAGCUGCCAGAAGCAUCUUCUCAGCCUACUCUGCUGUGGCUGCUCCUACGUAAUGUUUUUAACCCAGUGCAACAGAAAAGACUCCUCCAGGGCUCCUCUUCUUCACUGCACUGAAGCAUGAAGCCACACUCCAUCGUCUUUAGUGGGAGUAUUUGGAGGUGUUCCCUACACUUGCUUUUUCACACAGCUCUUUGGCAGCCGUGCGACUGCUCUAGAGGAACUCUCUUGCCAUCGGGCUGCAUUAUGAUCAUUUCUACGACUUUUGGGCCCAAACAAGGGUUAAUGCAGAGCCAACACUGCCCUGCUUAUUGAAAGCAAAGCAGACCCCACGCAACAGAAGAGAGAGAUUUUCCUUUGCCUCUAAUGUGGACCACAAGGACAAAGCUGUGUGUUUUUCCCUCUAUGUUUAAGAAUUUUUGUUUGUUUGUAACAAAGUGGUUUUUAAGCUCUGCUCUAUAAGUUCCUGCCAGAUCAUGGACGAUUUCUAAAGGAUCCAUAAAAGCUCGCUGAGAAAAGCAAGCUCAGGUAUUCCUCACUGCCAUCUGCCCAUGCAAAUAUCCUAUCAGUAGCUGCAGAUCUACCAGAAAGUCUACAAAUGGCCAAUCAUCAAAUAUUUCCCAUGAGGCGCAACAGCAGAAGUACUGUUGGGAAAAAUUCUGUGCCGAUGGAUAAGCUGGGAAAAGCCUGAAGGGAUCCUAGCUCUCGUGUGCCACCAGCCGAGUCCCAGGACGACCAUGGCCAGUCAGCUGUUCCUCUCAGAGGUAUCUCUUAACGGUAUCACAGAGGGGUAAAUGUUACACCAGAGGUUCCCCCUCAGUGCGUUCAGGGACUCAGAGAACGCUUCACCCCAUAAGCCAUUGACCAGAAAGUUUUUGCAAUGCACGGUAAAUCCCUAAGGUCGGGGUUUGUUUUUAUUUAACACUGGACAAAUUCCAUUUGGGUAAGGAAGCCCACGGCAGGUGUGGCCGUGCUGUCAGCAGGGAGAGCAACGGAGAGCAGCGCGACGCGUAGGCACGAGUGUUUUGUGACUAGUUGUGAGGAGAAGGUCACUACGGCUCACGGCGGUCGCCGAGCAGACCGGCUCGGGGGACAGGCUGCCUUGCCACCACCUUUCCCGCCCCAGCGAAGGCCCCGGGAAGCGGCGCUGCCAGGCUGACGCGAACGGAGGGCGGCCAAAACCGCGCUUCAGCCGCACAUCGGACCGGGGGCGGCGGGGGGCGGGAAAGCGCCUUCCACGGCCGCCUCGGGCCCAGGUGGGAGCCGGCCGCCGCCACGCCGGGGGAGGAGAGGCCGGACCACGGCCCUCUCCGGCGGGCCUGGGGCAGACUAGGCGCCCGCGCCCAACGCGGUGGCCGGGCCGAGCCGGACAGCGCCUCCGGCCGCAGCUGUAGCGUCCCCUCUGCCGGCAGCCAUUAAACCGGACUCCUCUGACA